AUGUCCAUGUCACACAAUGAAGUUCCUGACGCCGAUAUCCGCAUGGCCUAUCAGAACGUCGCCCAUAGCGGGUCCCUCAACUGGCUGCUGCUUAGCUACGGAAAAUGGGCCGGCGGAUUGAAGCUGUUCGCAGCAGGCUCUGGUGGUAUAACAGAGCUCCGACACAACGUGUCCGAGGACAACGUGUACUUUUCUUUCAUCCGCGAGUCGGUCGACAACGUUCGUUUCUACGCCACGAUAGCGUACAUCCCAGAAGGAGUAUCCGGCCUCCGUCGAACCAGGGCCCUUUCGACUGCACGAACCGUACAGAGCUGGUUCAAGGUCUCACAAGCUAUGCUCAGCAUCACCCAUCGAGACGGCCUCACGACCGACAACAUCGUCAAGUAUAUCCGUAUGCACCAGCUUCCAGACGUCCCCGCCUUCUCGCCACCCGUCUCUCGGCAAGGCUCCUACGACCCUCAGAAGUCCCUACCCCGUGUGCCCGUCGUCGAAAACCGAAUGCGUAGCGCGUCCAUGGCCAGCGACCCGCCGAGUCGAUCCGGCUCGCCGGCGCCCCGUGGCUGGGGAAUGCUUGAUCCAGAAGAACGGGCCAGGCGCCGGCAAGAAGCACAGCAACGCAAGAAAGCCGAAGAUGAGGCUGCGGCGAAGCAAGAGAAGCUGCGGUUAGAGCGCCGAAAGCGCGAGAAGGAGGAUCUACUCCGUCAACUCGAGGACGAGGAAAGACGACGGAAGGAGAUGCUCGAGGCUGAUUUGAGGCGGGCGGCAAUGAUCAAGGCGGAGAAGGAGGAGGAAGAGCGGUUGGCGGAGGUUAAUCGUGUGAUGGAGCGGGAGCUCAAGAAGCGGCAAGACGCCGAGCGGCGCAGCGCCGAAACGCACCGCAUUGAAGCCUGGCGGAUGGAGGAGCAGCGCAAGCUUGACGAACUGGCUCGCCAGGUCGAGAACGCGAAGAUCAAGGUCGAGGAAGUCAAACAGAUGUCUGCCGCUACUGCUUCCAAGCUGCGCGAACACAGGUUGCGGGAGUGGAACGGUGUUGUCCUACGAGGCUGGGUAACGAUCCAGAACGCCAACUCGCUCGUCUGGAGACGCCGCUACUUUGAGCUGACUGAGACUAGCAUGAAGCUGUAUAAGAAUGACAAGGAACUUGGCAAAACUCUUGACACAGUGGAACUCCAAGGCCGUUUGCGAGGAGUCAUGGAGUGGAGCGAUGGCUUUGAGGAGCUCAGGGCCAUCGAGCACUCGUUCGUUCUUGACUUUGGCGGCCUCCAAGACCCUAUCUCAGCUUAUACGGAUACCGCUCGGGAAAAGGCUGAUUUGGCUGGCUUCUUAUUAACCUACGUCUGA